CCAGCUUUUUCCAAUCCACUUCUUGAUAGUUGUUGGCGGAUUGAGGAAUCGACCAUCAAGAUUCCCCCUAUCCCCGAGUCCGAAUGUCAUGUACUGCCAUCUGUGGCCGCUUGAACAUAUCGGUCAGGUGUAACCGAACGUGGAUGGGUUGCGGACAAUCUACAAACUGAUGAUGACGUCAACUCUGAAUAGCCUCCAGCUCGGCGCGUCUGAUUCUUUGAGAUGACAGGUGGAGAUGCGGGGCCUGAGGAUGGCCUGGAAGGGAAUCCGAAGACUAGCCAAGUGGACUCAACUGGGUGGGUGCCGAGUAGUACAAUGUAUGGUUACUAUAGGGUUAUCUUGCUUGAGAAGAACGGCUACAUUGAGAAUCGAGGUCGUUUUCAAGAUGUGGAUGCGGUCCGUACUUGUACAGAAAGAAAAUGCCUGGCCCAUCAUGUAGGCGUUGUCAGGCUCGGAGGCUAGAUCUUUACUUGACCUGCG